ACUAAUCAAGCACUUCCCUGAGUCAUGAAAUUGUAAAAAGACAGCCGAUGUAGCGCAUAAAAAGGCGUAGCGCAUCCCACUUGCCGCCAUGAAGGACACUCAAGGAAGAUUGUGACGGGAAAAGAACGGCGGGGAAAAGAAAUGACGGUGAUGAAGAGUGGUGUGGGGGCGUGGUCUGGAGGAGGAGGAGGAGGAGGAGGAUUGGAGGAGACGGGUAGGUUGGGCUAGGCUCACACGGGACGGCGGUGGUGGAGAGGGCAGAUUGUGUUCUGUGCUUCAUUCACCUCGUCGCCAGACCUCCAGCACUGGUUCCUCGCCUCACGCUCACCCUGCCUGGCGCUCCUCGCUUUCCUGGACUGGACGCUCCCUGAAACUCAAGAUGCGGAGAGCUUGGUGGAGGCUGUGGUGCGUUGCUGUGGCGGCUGCUGUGGCUGUGAUGCUGGCAGGCUUGUGUGCAGCAGAUGGAAGAAUGGAGCGUCGCGAGGCAUCAAGGAACUGUCAUUUCCCGUCUUGCUGUGGGUUCACGGAGCACACUGCAGGUUGUCGCUUCGUGGGUAACAGGUGUCGCUGCCCCUUCAUCUCCCCACGUCCCCUUACCUUCUUCAUGAGGCGCCACCAUCACUCGGUUCCCCUGACUGGCUCCUUCACUUACUACUCCGCCUAUCCCUACAGCAGGAAGGACGACCAGGAAAGGAGAGAAGAGGAUAAGGAGAGGAAGGGAAGGGAAAGUGAUGAUUAGGGAAAGGAAAGGCGAUGGAUUAGAUUGGUGAAAGGGAAAGGGAUGAGGGAGAUAAAACAGAAGGUUACGAGGAAGAAACGAGGAUAGAAAGAGGAAAGGUUGUCAUGUCACUAGAUGGUAAGGUAGCUGUAGUGUUGCUCAAAAUGUUGGUUAAGCCAGAUAUGAUAGUCAGUUGUUGUUGUUAUUAAGUGAUGCAGGCCUAGCGUGUUUGCUGCACUUUGUUUUCUUGUUUUCUUGUACGUUUUUCCCUCUUGUAUUUCUGUAGCAAUAUUUUUACUAGAAUGUUGUAAUUCUAUCAUGUCAUUGCUUUAAGAUAUGCACGUUUGUUAUUAAUAUAGGCUUGUAUUUUCUCUCAAAUGUUAAUCAUGUGUGUAUGUUCUUUAUAAGUAAAUAAAUGAAUGAAUGUAAA